ACACUAUUGGAGCUUAUUAUUAUUGUUGCUCUCACUUUUAUCCAAGACCUUACCGACUACCCUCAAGCCUCAUCGACGCUCUACCACAACGAAUCGACAUCGCCGCGGACCUGUCACUCUCCGAGGAACAACCAGGAGCUCCGUCACAAAAAUCAAAAAAUGACGGGAAUAAGGGCACGCGCGCAGACACUGCUUGGCCAGGUGCCCUUGGACGCUAACCCCAUGAUCGGCGAUCUAGCUCUGGCGUUGGCAAGCCAGGCGCACAAGGCGCGAGCUAGCAGCACAGUCGCCCAGUACAAAGAGCCAUGGCAGGAGUUCCUAGAUUGGGCAGAGCUACUACACAUUCGGGCGAGCGACAUUUACGACAUCAGGCCAGAGAUAGUGGCCAUGUACCUGAUGCACGUCUACCAAACCGCGCAAGCGGAUGAAGUAGGUCCGGGUCGCGUCGCGGGAGCGAGCGCUGCUAUUGCCUGCCAUUUCUUUCUCGCGGGCCGCCCCUCACCUACGGAGCACCCAGCAUGCAACCUCGUUCGGGACCUGGGCAGGAGGUGCCAGACUAUGCGGGACAGCAAUCCAGGGAGCUGUGUGCCGUGUGUUGUGCUGAUACCGGGAGUGGCUCUAUAUGUACGGCACUACCCAGGCUACGUUGGUGCAAGGAGCGUGCCCUCCUCACAGCCAGCUAGCGCCUUUUCGUUUCAGCGCAUUGCCUACCUGCCUCCCUACCUGCCUCCCUACCUGCCUACCCUGCCAGACCACAUUAACAACGAGCCACACCAGCAGGUUAACUUUUGUGGACAGCUGUCUAUGGGUACCGGCAGAAGGCAGGGCUCAACGCAUCCACCGCGCGCCACACCCGCUGAGGAGCCCAGCCAUGAUCACCCCGCCUUCAUUCAGACACCAGCAGUCAGCAGCCAGGCGCGCAAGCUUACCUACGACGGCCGCUACCCGCUGUCAGACGUGGAAUCGCCCGUCAACAACAUGUGA